AUGACUUUAACGAAAUACCAAAGAGGUGAAUCUAUUGAGGGUUGGAACGAUUGUCCUGUUUAUAUCCCUAGUAGUAGCUCUACGUCGAGUCUUAAUUCCGGGUCCAGUAGAACCUCUAGAAAGAGACCUCCGAGGAGGGUGGGUCACAACAUAGAUGGAACCCCAAUACCAAGUCCAUCAGCAACCCCAGUUGGCAUACCUCCACCAAUACCUCCAAUACCGACAAGAAACCUGACAUCUUCUAUAAAUUUGCAGAGAGAUCUCAAGCCAACUAAUAUCCCAUUAGAUAGUAAAGAUCAUGUUGAUGAAGUCGAUGAUACAACUCUUAAUACCAUGUUGGAUGAAGUGUUGCGACAUCCUACAAUGUUACAGGAGAAUGAAAUAAAAUACUAUCAGAAUAAGCUAGGGAAUGUGGUUAGUUCAUUAAACGGAAAUGAUAAGAUUUUUUUGGGCGAUAUUCUUGUUAAAGUGCUCAAAGUUUCAUCUGACAGAGACAGCAAGUCAAUAGCCAGUAUCAAGCAGGAAAUCUUGACGUAUAUGAUGGCUAACCAAGGGGUAAGUAGUUGGUGUGCUCCAUUAAAAAAGACUAUUGAAGGGUUGAAAAUAAAUACUUAA